CUGGAGCUGAUGUGUUGCUGACUCUCCUCCUCUGUCUCCUCUCACAGGGAGAAGAUGAUCUGCAGGAUCCUGCUGCUCAUCAUCCUCAACUCAUGUCUCUGUGCAGCAACAUUUGUAGUGAAUGUGACACAGAGCUCCUAUCAGGCAGAUGAGAACCACAGCAUCACUCUGGAGUGGACCUUCACCACCACACCUGAUCCACCCUGGAGAUUUCUGUUUAUCUACUGCUACUUGUUAACUCCUAGGAAAGAAUCAGUCCUUUAUCAGGUCCAUGAUGGUGUUGAGGUGUCAGAGUCUCAGGAUGAACAGUUUUCAGGACGAGUCCAGAGUGACAAAGACGUCCUCAGAGAAGGACUAAUAAGACUCCAUGUGUCCAGACUGAGGACUGAAGACUCUGGACAGUAUUACUGUGAUGUGAAGACUGAUGAUGGAUCUGGAUCUGCCGGAACCAUCAUCACAGUCACUGACCCAAAGUCAGCCAAGAUGAUGACAACAGAACCGGUUGUUCCCAUGAACCUCAUCACUCCAGCCCCACAGGAUGAGACCAUCAGUACCGGACCCCGGUCCAGGCUGCCUUUGUGUUUUGCUGUUAUUUCCUUCAUCAUUUCUCUGAGUUCAAUUUUCAUCUUCAAACUUAAAACGAACAAGAAAUUUGAAGAGAAACUGCUGAGACAAGCCUCUGCCUUAGAGUGUGGAUGCCUUGCUCAAGAGCAGAUCAGUGUUCAUGUAGAUGGGAGCUCCUCGAGGUCUUCUCUCCUGCAGCUUUCUGAGGGCUCGGAUUCAAACCAGCAACUGCAGCAUCAAGGAAACCCUGAAGAAGAGCUGAGCCUUCAGUCAGAGGAGUAUGGAUGAGAUCAGCUCUGCAGUCGGUCUCCUCAGCAAAUGUUGGAGGAUUUUAACCUAAAGGAGCAGAAGACCUGCUGCUUGUUUGACUCUGGACUCCGUUGUUGUUCUGCUGGAGCGCCCCCUUCUGGUCGCUGCCAGACUCUACAGGUCUACAUCAACCUUCAGACCAACACACAAUCAGAGGUUGUGGAUUUAUCUCCAGGAAGUAGACGGGCUAAUUGCAAUAUUUAUACAUUUCUACCUCAGAAGACAUCACACUUCUAAACAAAAGACCUCUGCAUAUGUUUUUUUUAGAAGUAUCAGUGCCAAAGGAAAAUAUGAAUUAUACCAAUUAAUAGCUGAAAAUAUCAAUAUCUCUCUGCAGUCUCUGUCACAUUAACACAUGCAGUGCUGCUUGAAAGUUUGUGAACCACCCGAACAUGGUCAUUGUUUUCUAAAGAAACAUUAUAACAAUCAUGUGAAAUUUCUAAUUGUAAGGCAGACCUUCCAAAUAAGGGAAACAAAGAAAAAAAUGUACACGUUUUCAUUAUUUACUCAACAAAAGUAUUUUAUCUGUCAAAAGUGCAAAAGUAUGUGAACUCUGUCAGUUAAUACCUUGUGUCAUCUCCUUUUGCAGCCAUUACUUCAACUAAACGUCUUCUGUAACCACAAACGAGUGUCUCACAUCUGCUUUUUGGGAUUUUUGUCCACUCCUCCUUGCAGAACUCUGCCAGUUGAGUGAGGCUGGAGGGACAUCUGGCAUGUACUGCCCGUUUCAGAUCUUGCCACAGCAUUUCUAUGGGAUCGAGAUCCGGACUUUGACUGAGCCAAUGCAGAGUGUGAAUCUCCUUUCUCUUAAACCAUUCUUUGGUACUUUUGCUGGUAUGCUUUGGGUCGUUGUCUUGUUGCAUAAUCCAUUUUUGUCACAGCUGAUGGCAGGAGAUUCUGGUCAAGAAUGUGUUGCUAGUCCUGGGAAUUGAUGGUUCCCUGUAUUAUAGACAGAAAAGCAGGUCCAGACUUUCACAUUUCCACCACCAUGCUUCACUGUUGGGAGAAGGUUUUUCUCUUUAAAUGCAGUGAUGACUUUUCUCCAAACAUGGCAGCUGUGAUUAUGGCUAAAUAAUUACAUUUUUGACUCAUCUGUCCAGACUAUGGACUUCCAGAAAAACUUUUGUUUGUCCAAGUGCUCUCUGGCAAAGUUUAAACGGGCAAAUUUGUUCUUUCUUGAGAGCAGAGGCUUCCUUUUAGCAACUCUCCCAUGAAUGCCAUGUCUAUUGAUAUUUUACUUGAUUGUUAACGCAUCUACAUUUAUCCCAGAUGCCGACGGAGAGGUCUGCAACUCUUUGGAGGUGGUGCCUGGGUUGGCCUUUACCGGCAUUAUUAUUUUUCUGGUGUUUCUUUGUGUGAGUUUUGAGGGCUGUCCACUUCCUGGCAGAGUAGCGGUGAUGCCUAAUGUCCUCCAUUUGUAGAUGACUUGUCUCACAGUGGAUGGAUGAAGCUGGAAUCUUUUGGAGAUGGUCUUCUAGCUUUCCCCAGACUGAUGGGCUGUCACCACCUUCUUCCUGAUGUCCUCAGAUAUCUCCUUUCCCCUUGGCAUUGUUGAUCUGGUCUUUAUGCCAUAACACCAUAGUGGUUUGGUUGGUUUCUCUCCCUUUUAACCAGUGCACCUCAAAACUUUUCCCAAGGAUGUCUCGUUUGAUUGGUCUGCUUAAUUGAUUACUCGAGCACUCAUGUGUUUCACCUGAGUUUUUUUUUUACCUGAUUGUCUUUACAAGUGCAGCUGUGGUUCAUUUACUUUUGCAGAUGCUCUGAUUCCAUGUUUCAUUUAGUCUGCUUGCAAUUCACACAUUUCCCUGGAAACGAGCAAAUAUUUCAUAUUUUUUAUAUUUCAUAUAAAAAAAACACAAACUGGUAAUGAGAAAAUUAGAAAAUAAUGGUUUAAUAAAAGAAAAAAUCUAAACUACUCAACUAGUUCACAAACUUUCAAGCAGCACUGUGUAUUAUACAAGUAUGAAUGAUGAACAAUGAAGCUAUACACUACCUCAUACUAUUUUUAGCAUUUGUAUAUAUUUUUUUUAGCUAAACUCUACUUUUCUAUUAAUCUUUUUAUAUGAACCUACUUAUGUACAUAAUGAAGUGAUGAUAAUAAUAAAUCAUCAUAUUCCUAAAACUCAUUGAGCAACAUACUUAUAUCAGAAAAUGUGACAUUUUUCCUGAUGAAGGGAAUAAUGCCAAAUGAUCAAAUCAAUGCAGAGAUGCUUACUUGUUUAAAAUGCUGUUUUGACACCAUGUUAAAUAUUAAUUGAUGUUGGCUUAUUCAUAUUUCUGUUGGAAGUUUGUCAGUUUCUGUUACUGUUACAGAGAAAGCUGAUUGUUCUUGAGCUUUUCUCAGUAAUAAUCAGGCCUGCAGACGCUUUGGUCUGACACAACUCUGUCUU